CUCUCUCUGUUCCACGACACUUCAAGUCCUUCUCUGUCUCUCUUAAUCUUUCGUGCUCUGUCGAAUCGAACUAGCCCCCUUCCUGCGAAUUUACGUGGAUAUUUCUACUUGUGAACGGUUCCCAACCUUCAGGAUGCAGGCCAUUAAGUGCGUUGUCGUAGGCGACGGAGCCGUAGGUAAAACAUGCCUUCUCAUAAGCUAUACUACCAAUGCCUUUCCCGGGGAGUAUAUCCCGACUGUGUUUGACAAUUAUUCUGCAAAUGUUAUGGUGGAUGGCAAACCGAUCAAUCUUGGUUUAUGGGACACAGCAGGCCAAGAAGAUUAUGACAGACUAAGACCAUUGUCGUACCCUCAGACAGAUGUCUUUUUGAUUUGUUUUUCUUUGGUCAACCCUGCCAGUUUUGAGAAUGUACGUGCUAAAUGGUAUCCAGAGGUGCGUCAUCAUUGUCCAGCCACUCCGAUUAUAUUAGUAGGGACUAAAUUAGAUUUGCGUGAAGACAAGGAAACAAUUGAACGAUUAAAAGAUAAGAAAUUGGCACCAAUCACAUAUCCCCAGGGUUUGACAAUGGCAAAAGAGAUUGGAGCAGUGAAGUAUUUAGAGUGUUCGGCUUUGACUCAAAAAGGAUUGAAAACAGUAUUUGAUGAAGCAAUCCGUGCUGUAUUGUGCCCAGUUCUGCAAAUGAAACCAAAACGCAGAUGUUUCCUCCUAUAAUAUUAAAUGUCCGACGACGGCGGAGCACGUAUAACUGUAUUACUUCUCCUCCGAUCGGACUUGAUUGCAGCAGAACAUCUAACUCUGAUAAAGGAAAAUGCUGUAUGGUCCAUCCCUCUACAAGCAUCUGCCAUAAAAGCGCACAAAUAAAUUUGUAUAAUGCGUAUAAAAAAGGUAAAAGAGAAAAUAUACGCAAUUUAAGUGUUUUGGACAUAGCUAAAUGUUCUGAACAGAGAAAGGAAGCCAAAUGAAAACUGAACUGAUAAUGUACAGUAUAUUAGAGUGUGUUAUUAAUAUUAGUUAUUACAUAUGAAACAUAAGGAAACAAACAUUACUAUGUAUGUGCGUUUGUGUGCACACUGAAUACUAAUCAAUUUAAUCGAAGAGGUAAACCAUUUUAUGCAAUUUUGCAUUGUAUAUUUUAGAUAAAAAAUGUUUAUCCAUUUUUAAAAGCUUUAGUAUAGGAAAAAAUUAAUAUAGCGUAAAUAUUAACAUUCAAAGUAUUAAAAUAUUGCACUUAUGUAAACAAUAAUUUGUUUAUCUUUUACGUUACUUUUCCAUAACAAGCAUUUUUCUCUGAUAAGUUGGUCUUUUCCAGCUAAUAAUUCCAUAUGGAGUCGAUUAGCUGUACAAAAAAUCUGUAUCUUUCGUGGUAAAUAUACAGUUGCAAAUCACAUAAAAUGACUUCUACCUUUAACUAAAUUGGUUGAUAUUACUAUAUACAUACCAUGGUAAAAGAUAGAUAGUCAUCUAAGUUUUAGAGGUGAGCAAUACAAGUGCGAUUUUAAUUCUCUGCCUCUUCACUGCGUUUUCAUGUUGCUGUAAUUGAUACGCACAACAUGGCAAAAGAAACAAAUUACAAAAAUUUAAUAUCGGAGGUGGGGAAAUUUCGUGUGCGUGAGUGUAUGUUUGAACGAGUGCACGUAAAAGCCAAGAGAGAAAGACGGAAGAAGGAAUUAUUCUAUAGCAAGUAAUUGUACAUAAAUGGUAAAAGUUCAAACUGUAUUCCUAUUACUAUCAUUUUACAUGUAUAAGCUGCUGAAUCUAAAUCGAACGUUACUUGUUUUUUAUAUAUAUAUUAUAAAUAUAUAUAAAGUGGGGCUGGACCGAGAUCUAUUUCAAUCGUCGCAGAUCCACUGACCUGUGCAAUUUAUCCGGGGAACGGGGAUUCAGUCCAUAAAAAAUAUCAUAAAUAAUGUAACUAAAUAUGCUUUAUUAAAUGGGUGUUUAUUAAAA